AAAAUAUUCAUAUUCUUUUUAUUUAAAAUUGAUUUUUUUUUCACCCAACGAAUGCAUUUGUACUGAUUAUAAGAAAGUCAAAUUAUGGAAAGUGAAUUAGAAAAACUGAAGGCACAACUGAAAGUAGCUAGGGAUGAAAUAUCAAAUCUAAGAUCUCAACUAAAUUCAUUAAAUCAUGUCCAUAGAAAAGAAAUAGCUUCUAUUAGAAAUAUAUUGAAAGAUUUUAAAUGUACUGAAUGCUCAGCAAAAGAGGAAGAACCAACUAGUCCAAAGAAAGUAGAAAAGCCGGUCAAUGACUCCCUUAAACUAAAUGCCAUUGGAUAUGUGAAGACAAUUUUUAAAGAGAAACGAGCGAUUCCAAGACAAGCAAGCGUGGCUGGAACAAUCCAAUCUAAAUUAGAAAUUAAUAAGGAUCUAUUCUCAAAUCCAGAAUUAAGUCUUAUUAGUUUAGAUGAAUUUAGUCAUUUUUGGAUCAUUUAUAACUUUCAUAAGAACGAAUCGCAUGCAAAACCAAAAGUUUAUCCACCAAGAUUAGAAGGUGAAGGAGUCGGUGUUUUUGCAACAAGAAGUCCUCAUCGACCAAAUCUCAUUGGAAUGUCACUUGUCAAAUUGGACAGAGUAGAAGGUACAACAAUUUAUUUUUAUGGUACUGACAUGCUUGACGGAACACCUGUUUUGGAUAUUAAGCCUUACAUUCCACAAUAUGAUAGUCCACAAAAAAUUGUAUCGACUGGACUUAAUAGCUUAAAUGGUACUCCCGUAAAGACAAGAGAAGAUCCUGACGGAGAAGAAAACGAAAAUUCAGCAAUGACAUCAUCAACAUCAUCUAUUACACAAAUAAAUAGUAUAGAUGAUGAUGAUGUAAAGGUUCCUGAUUGGAUUAAUGAACGCAAAUAUUUGAAAGUAAUAUUCUCUGAAAAUUCCCAGCAACAAGUGAAAGAGCUCAAUGUCAAUCAAAGAUCAAUUGAGGAAAUACUUCAAUCCGACCCACGUUCAGUUUAUGUACGUGAAAAAUAUUUAUCUCAAAUCUAUAAUUUCCAAAUUGAUGGUAAGAAUGUGAUGUGCAAAUUUGAUGACAAAAUACAUUCAGUCACUGUCUUGCAAGUCAAAAAACUAAUGGAUAUGAAUGAAGAUUGAAAAAAAAUUGAA